UCAGUACUACACAUAACUUUAUAUUCUUUCAUACAGUGACAUAGUAAGAGGUCUAAAGAUGAAUAAAUGUCCUCUUGGGCUGAAGUGUUUUUGAGUUCCCCUAACCCUGGCUGGACCUGCGGCGCUCGCUGAUUGGCCGAAGCCUUCACGCGAUAAUUCUCGGUCACACACUCAGUCAGGUAAUCAAUCAAUCAGGCCUAUUAGCCUCUGUCCGGGAGCGAUCCGCUUCUCGACCUGCGCCGCUUAAUUGAUUAUUAGGACAAGUUUAUUGGUUUAACUGAGGCCGCGUCGAAAUGGACGAAGACUGUGAUGCAUCUGAGGAUUUUGACUGUCCAAGCCUUAUAUGUGAGGAACAGGAAGAUUUGAAACCAAGGAAUGAUCAACCUGUAGACAGGAACAAGGAGGAGGAAGAUGAAGUAGAGCUGCUCUUUAAUCAGAUAAACUGCAGAAAACAAACUGGGGACCAUGAACAAGCAGGAAAUAAUGAAAAUAAUGAAGAGGAACCAGAUCAAGCUGAACCAGAGGCUGUGGCUGGAGUUGAGGUGGAGGCUGGGUCUCCAGGUGGAGCAGACAAAGAUAUUACUAACAAUGAAUCUGCCAAAACAGAACAUAAAGAAGCUUGUGAUGACAAAGAUGAGCAGAAAAGAGGCAGGAAGAGGCGGAGCAAAAAACAAAAUGAGCGGUCAAGAUGUAAAAAAAGUUGUAAAGUUGUUGACGACAAAGGGAUGACCGAAAACCCAGCUCAGGAACUUGAGAAAAGCCCAGCGGACCCCUCAUUGGAGCCUACUGAUGGGCUGAUGGACAGUAGUGAGUUGGCUGAUCCCAUGUCUGGGAUGUGGAGCAUUGGGAUGUACCGCCCCCCUGUCCCCAUGGCUCUGUACUCCUCGCAGCCUCCACUGCCAAUCCAGCCUACACCUCUUGCACCCCAGGGCACCAAACGACCCCAUAGCCCCUAUCUACACAGUGUUCCACAGACUAACCCCCAGCCUCUUGAGAUGGAGAUAACUCAAGUCUAUUCGACAAGACGCUCAAUACGAUACAGCACAAGGGACCGCGGGCGAUCCCUUAGCUAUCCAGUGAUGCCAGGACUAGAAAACAUUGACACCUGCCUCCUGCCACCUGCCCCAAAGAAAAAGACUCGCACUCUCUAUAGUACAGAUCAGUUAGAGCACUUGGAGUCCCUGUUUCAGGAAGACCACUACCCUGAUGCAGAGAAGAGGAAAGCCAUUGCUGCUUCAGUUGGGGUCACACCCCAAAGAAUAAUGGUUUGGUUUCAGAACCGCAGAGCAAAGUGGAGAAAAGUGGAGCGUUCAAUCAGUGCAAAGGCUGAGCAGAAGGCAAGCCGCACUGGACCUCACAGCAGCCCCCCGCAUGCUCAAGUGACCCCUGCUCUGCCCAGUUUGCCCCUCAACAAACCACCAUCUUUUUCUGGACACUUUACCACAAAACAGUCUCAGAUUGCACCCACAGCGCUGACUUUACCUCCUUUGUACAGCAACCUCUCAAGCAGUCCAGGUCACUCCAGAGUUAGAGAUGGAGAGCCACACCAGCUUUCAUCUCAGGGGGGGUUAGGGGAGUACCACCCGCGCCCAAUGCACAGCCCCCCUCCCAUACGCCGAGCCAGCCUGCCUCUGUUCACCACAGCCUACAACCCAGGCAACCCAAACCCCCCGCUCCUCAACUCGCUGGCCCACACAUCUCCUCUGUUUCUGGAUGCUCUGGAGGCAGGCGCUUCUCUGCCACAUCAUGACAUGCAGCCUCUGCAGGCUGACACCAGCUCUCUGUUUGAUUUUGGGGAGAAGAUGGAUUAUCUGAGCUCAGCACAGCAGAACACUCUCCUGUACCAGCUGCAGACAUCCUAUCCUAGCUCUCAGCCCCAGCCUUGUGUGCCCUAUCUCAACCCCUCCCCUUACCUCACACCCAAUCCUCCAGAUUCCACGUCCUACUUGACCUUUGGCCCUGGCGCUGGCUCCACUGGUGUGGUGACCUACUCCACCGGAGGCCAUGCCUUCUUUCAGUCCCAGAGCACAGGACAAGUGCUGCUCCAGUCCACUGGCCCUCAUGGUGGGAUCACUGCCUAUCAGUCGUGCCCCUGGGGUAACAUGUACAGCCAGGCCUCUCUGCACCAGCGACCUCAGUGCCCCCCAUCAUACUCCAGCACUCUGAGUGCUCCACGAGACCUCCAGCUGGCCCCCUCUGGCAGUGCUCCUCCCUCUGUGUUCUUUACCAGAGACCAGCGCUCCUCACACACACAGACCCACCUCAACAGCAGUACCCUACCACCUGUGUCCACACUCAGACCCCUCAGGCUCAGAGCAGAGACCACUCCAACCAAAGCAGCUCCACUGCUGCCUGUUCAGGUCAGCCCUGCCUCUCCACAAAGCCCUCCAGUGCCCUCUUGUGUCAAAAUAGAGUAUGACAGUCCUCGGGAAAUCCACAGUCAUUUCCACUGUGACUUUUCCCCAAUACAUUUCUGAUUGCCUGUGUAUAUUUUGUGAAAUGUGAGAUUAAUACUGUUUUAUACUGUUUGUGUGACAAAGUGUGAGUUAUUCAUUAGUAGUUCUAUAAUAUUCUCAUUUCUGUCCUGAAUGUUUGCCAGUUUGACAAAAAUAAUAAUGGCAAAAAU